AUGGAUGAUAUAAGGUUUAGCUAUCCAAGGUUACAAAGUCCCGCCUUUUUAGUGUUGAGUGAGGACAAGGAGGGGUGUGUUAUGUUAUAUCAGACGAAACGGCGGGGAUUUAAGCAUUAUGUGAUAGGUCAAUUGCAACAAGUAGCCAAACGGUUUUAUGAUAUUCAUGUAACUAUAACUGUUAUAGAAGAGGAAUUAAUUGACAGAAAAACUCAUGUGAAAUUCAGACUGGAUUUUGACAAUUCACCAUAUGUUCCGAAGUAUGCGCCAAAACUACACUCAGGGAAUCAAAACUUCUCAAGUAUUACGGGUGAUACAUUCCUAAAAGUCUUUCCAUUUUGUAUAGUAUUCAACAGUCAACUUGUGAUUCGAAUGGUAGGAGACAGCAUGUCCGCCCUGCUCAAAGAUAAUACAUUAAUAGGUUCAACACUCCGGGAAAAGUUCCAUAUACGAAGGCCUUUGAUUCCAUGUAUAUGGACUAAAAUUCUACAAUUUGGGCGUGUAAUAUUUGAAGUAGAAUACCUCUUUAACAACGAUCCUGAUGAACUAGACGCACGACUGAUGGAGCACGACAAUUCCGAGCCAGAAAAGGCAGCUGAUCACCGGAUAUUACUCCGCGGACAAAUGAAAUAUUUGCAAGACUGGAAUAUGAUCGCGUUCCUAUGCACCCCACUGUUAUGUGAUCUUCGAGACUUACAACAGGCUGGUCUGUAUAUCAACGAUCUGAAUUUGUUUGACAUGAGCCGAGAUAUGGUGAUGGCAGGGUGGCAACAUGCUUCUCAGUUAGAAAGAUCCAUAGAAGAGCAAAGAGAAAAGACAGAGAAAAUAACAGAGAACAUGUCUACUUUGGAGACAUUGAUGACUAAAAGCGACAGUUUGUUAUAUAGCAUGAUACCAAAAUCUGUUGCCGGCAAGUUAAAAUCUGGUGAGGAUCCGGUAUCAACAUGUGAGAUAUUUGAUAACGUCACAAUCAUGUUUAAUUACAUGGUGGGUUUUGGUGAAGUGUGUUCGUCUGCUACACCGAUGGAGAUUGUAGAGAUUAUUAACAAUGUGUUCAGUUUGUUUGACCAGAUCAUCGACAGCUAUGACGUAUUUAAGGUAGAAACGCUUGGGGACGCUGUAUAUAUGGUAGCGGGUGGUGUUCCGGACAGGAACCCCAACCAUGCUAUCAAUGUUGCUGGUCUGGCGUUAGAGCUACAACUGAAAGCUAAAACUUUAACUGAGCCAUGGAGCAACAAAUAUAAGCUUAAUACAAGAAUAGGCAUGCAUACAGGCAGUGUUGUUGGAGGGGUUGUUGGACGUAGAAUGCCUCAGUAUUGCCUGUUUGGUGACACAGUUAACACAGCCUCCAGAAUGCAGACAUACAGUUUGCCUGGAAGAAUCCAUAUCAGUGAGCCAUGCCAAGAAUGCCUUAAAGAGUCUUCCUUUGUUACCAUAGUGAGAGGGACUGUCAAUGUCAAGGGGAAAGGUGAAAUGCGAACAUUUUGGUUAGCUGGCAAGGAAGGAGAAGAAAGCACAAAACAGUUCUGCGAAGAAAUUAAACAAGAACGAAGCCAGUCCGUCCGAAAAUACAGCUUGACAAAGGAGAUGAAACUAUAUUUCCGAUCCAGACCUACUACGCGGGGUUCUUAUGAUAACGCCAUGGAUUUACACGCUAUGCACGCCUCUACAAGCUAUGCACAAAUGCCUGCAUAUUUCGGAGGUAUGAAAUCGAACAGAUCAGCAAGCAGCGUUUCGUUGUUACAACAAACAGAUGACGAGAGUACAGGUGAAGUUAAGACAGGUGAUAGACUGAUUGUGAAGGGCAGUCCACGCUCAAGCUUUAGCAGAUUAAAUGAGUACAGGAAAGCGACUCAAGAGAUUUCAGAGCAACUUUCUCCUACUGAACAAGAAUACAACGGGUCAGACAAAUUAGACAUACAUUUUGAAUUAGACGAAGGAGAUACUGAUAACAUUACGGCACCAACUGGCGUUAAUGCGGAACUGAAAGGGGAAAAGUCUGAGCCAGGUCUACAAACAAAGUACGACAUUCCUGAAAUAACUGAGCUCGAUAAACAAUCUUCAAAAGAAAAUUCAGGUGAUAAGGAUAACUCACAUCAUGAGAAGGAGAAUCGCCUGACGUUAGGCAAGUUUAAAUUAAGUUUACCUAAAAUGUCGGACCUUUUCCAAUAUAUUACACCUAAAGACCGGACGAAAGAUAAAGAAAUGCACGAUAAAAGCUGUUAUAAAGAUGUAAAGAAAGAGGACAACGAAGAGGUAGAUGUCACAAAAGGUCCUUUAGAAGAGACGUUUAAAAUAAAUGUAGUAAUUGGAAGUGAUGCAAGUCUUGAUAAAUAUGAUAGUGAUACUGUUGAACAAACACAUGAGAAAGAUAUUAAAAAACGCAUUGGUUCUUUGAAUAACAAUAAUAAUGAUUCUGCAUCCGAGAACCGAAGUUUUAAUGAAAAUUCUCUAGAGGGUGAUACUUUAUUGUUUGACAAAUCUGCUGAAUGCCCGCAGUUUUCAAAUAUUAUAUCGUCUUUCAAAUGCAAAUCAAUGCAAUACGAUGACAAUACUCACAAAAACAAUAUUAGUUCUGAAUCCUUUCACUAUGCAGAAAACGAACUUGUUCCGCAUUCUCGAUAUUAUGAUUCUAAUGAAUUGCAGAAAAAAACACAGAAGGAAACAGUUUCAGAGAAAUCUGAUAGGAGUUUGAACAAUUUAAGGAGUUCUUAUGCUUCAGUUUCAGGAGAAACAAUUAGAAAUGGCUUUCUAACUAAACCAGAGUCAUUUACUCGUUUAUUGUCUGUUAAUAAUUCUGAAAAUACACCUGAGAGUGACGAAAAUGUAAAGCUCGAAAUAUUAAGUUGUCCAUUUUUCUCAUGCAUAGCAAAUAGUGAUGCCGCUGCAAGGAGAGAAUUGAAUUCUGAAAAUAUUCGAAAAUGCAAAAGUGAUCAGGGUUGUAUAAACGACAAUCGAGAAACAUCCUUCAAAGAUCAAAACAGUAAUCGUAGUUCACGGUGCAACAAAGAUCAAAGUAAAGGAGAUAGUCAUUUUCAAAGCACUGAUAUGUAUGAAAGUCAAAAAGAAUCUAUACAGGAACAUAAAAAUGUAUGCGAUAGUUUAGUGAUUGAUUGUCCAGAGGACAAAUUAAAACUAUUGGAAAAAGGUGUGAAAUAUGCAUGGGGGUUGGAAAAUGACAAUGUACAACAUGUAGUUAAUCAGGGAAAGAGUGGUGAAUGUUGGGAAAAUAAUAAUGGUACAUGUAGCAUUAAUGGACAGAUAGAUGCUAAUUUUAAGAAAAAUAAUAUGAUACAUAAUCAGUCGGUGUUGUUAUGUAAAGCAAAGAAAAGUGAAAACGAACCAGACAAUAGAGUCGUUUUUCAUCUUUCAGAUGACGAAACUAGUUCAUAAGAAUGACAAACAGUUGCAAUAUAUUGCAUGAGUGACAAGUCAUAGAGAACAUGACCAGCUGCGACAUUUUGUUAUUUCCCUUACACGCCGUCAAACUAACUGCUGUUAUAUUUGCGUUAUUUUUGACGUUUAUUGUUGAAAUCCACAAUCGUGGUUGCUGCUACUUUAUUUUUGUUUACAAUUAUGCCGUUACUUUCAAAUUGCCGUCCAAACAAUUUAAUUAUUAUAUUUGGUUUAUUAUUAUUAUUAUUUUUUUGUUGUUUCUUGUAACUAUAUUUGGGACCAAAAUAAAGACAAAAUUAUAAAUUUUCCAAGAAUGAAAGUUGUACAGAACCACUGUGUGACCUUUGAUUUGAUUUUUUAAUCAGUGUUAUCUUGAAAGAACGAUAUAGUAUGUUUUGUAAAGAAUGUCAGCAUUAGAUUAUUAUCAUAAGUAUUGAAACUUUGAAACUGCCAGAAUUUUAUUUUUUUCAGAAUUGUUUGGAUAAUAAAAAAUGCAUUUUUUUGGCAUUUUUUACAAUUACUUAAUGGCAUGUAUCUAUAAGCGCGUGUUUCAGGGUUGAAUUAUCUUUCAAGUUAUGAAUAUAAAUAUAUGGCAUUUUGUAUUGUUCUUUGUUCAUUGAGGCCACGUAUUAUAUAUUGGCAAAUAACGAUGCAUACGUUGUUGGGAAAAACUUUUGAUAUUCAAAUGUUAAUGUAUAAAAUUUUUUACCUUUACAUGAUAUUGACGUAAAAAGUGCAGUGGCAGCUAAUAAAAGAUUUUCUUGAUACGUACCGUCGCAAUUUGGCAAUAAAUGUAAUGGCACCGAUAAAUGUUAAGAUUAUUACCAAGUUAAGGUUGGACCUUUCCAGUGUUUAAAGAUUUAUGUAAAUUGGCUAACUUGUUGUCCAAUAGCUACACUGAGAUAAUACAUAGUCACUGGUUGACCUGGUUUGCACAAAAGAACACAUGGUUUUGUUUGUGAUACUGUUUGUGAGCAGUUGACCUAGCAAUGAAUGGAAAAGGUGUGGCUAAAUGUUCCGCUACGAAAACCCGGAAAGGUCCCAUGGAAUGAUACAAAACAUUCUUAUCCACCGGUACUUAGAUUAAAUUAAAUCCAUUUUUGUUACCUGAUCUUAUUGAUACCUGUACUAAUUGAAUCCAUUAUUGUUACUUCUUUACAUUGUUGUUACAAGGUUCAUAUUUUCCCUAUGUUUUAUUGUUGUUAAUAACAUUAAAUAAAUCAUUACUAUGUAAAGGCUUAUAAGGCCCCAUCUAUGCUUUCAUUUUUUUUCUAAAAGGUUUUUCGUUGUUCAAUUUAAACCAUCUUUUCACUUGUUAGUUUGUAUGGAUAACAAAUUACUUUUGUUAAAGUAUUAAAGUAUUGCUACAUUUAUGACAAAUAAUUUAACAUUCAAUUCUAAGUUUGUCUCGAGUUUCACAUGAUAAGCAUCUAACAUGCUGCACGUCUAAUACUUUUAACAUUUUUCAAACACAGGUUUUUCCCUCCUAGGCAAAAUUAGUGAUAUUAAUUUCUAAGACUUUGUGUGCCUUUUAUUAUGAUAACCUUUGAGAUUAGCUGUGAUCCAUGCAAAUCUAAUGUCUACAUACAUAUAUACCAAUGCGUCAAGCUAACAUCAACAUUUUUGAAUGCAUAGUUUAAUAUCAAAAUCGUUUAUACGACAAUCAUAUUGUUAUUUUUGAUAGAACAAAAACGGGUAUGGCAAAAAAAGGUCAUUUCAUCAGUAUUGCAAAAUUAAAAAUGUCACCUUGAAAAAGCCUAGUGUACGUUAACCUCGAAUAAAAAGCAGUUUAAGAUUGAUAUGUUUGUUGAUAAAAUUUAAAAGUUACUUAUAGGUUAUUUUAUUAGUCUUAAGUAAUGUAUGCUGAUAAAAGCGAUAACAGAGAUGAUCAUUCUGAGAGAAUAUUAUUAUAUUACUCUUAAAGGACCGGUCCAUGUCCACGUGAUAUGCAAAAUAAGAACAUGACAGUUUGUGUAAUAUUUUAUAAAAUCAUAGACAUUUAUAUUUUGUUUUCGUGAACAUGAUCCUGUAUCAAUAUUUCAAAGACUGUAUAUUGCGUAGCCUCCUUCCUAACAAUGUCCCUGCGUGUUGUUGUUUUAUAUUUAUAUAUGCAAUACAUGAGAUUAAAUAUAAAUGCUUUUUUCGAUACCAAAACUUGCAGCCAGUGUGGACAUUUAGAAAAUUGCGUAUGAUUAAACCCUGUACGUUUGGUGCAUAUAUAAACAGGUUAUAAUUAUAGUAAUACACUCGUAAUACGAUAGGUCUAAGCAUUUGGUAUUUUUCUGUGUUUGGAAUGUAGAGUGCCUGUACCACGUGGUAUAUUACUCAUAUUUAAAAUAUCACAUGCGGCAUUAAUGACUUAGUUUAGGGAAGAAAACUGCCGGCAAUACCUUAUCAAUGGAAAAUAAUGGCGACUGAUUUGUGUCAUGUCGUAUUUUCGCUCCGCGAAGACACGAGAAAACGAGGAAGUAGUGACAUUUUCGUAUUUUGUCAGGCGCCAGGAUAUCAAAAAUACAAAUUGGCACAAAUCAGUCACCAUAGAAAAAUAGCCUCUGUAAAGCGGAGAACUAUUCCCUACUUAUUAAUUUUUAUUAUUCUUGUUUGACAUGUGAAGUAUUUUCUAACAUUCGGGAAAACGGUUACAAGUUGUGUGCUAUUCCCCAACAGCAAUGUUCUAAAAACUUGGCAAUUAUGCUGAAUGUGAACGUGAUAUACCACGUGGUAUAACCACCAUGAUAAGAGGGGAAGGCUCGCAAUUUACUUUCUUAGAAUGUCAUCAUAUACAUUGUAUUUUCGUGGUCAAUGGUUAUUAAUUCUUAAGGUUUGACAUUAGGUAUAUGCGAAGUAUUUCCAUAAAGAAGAGUUUGUACUAUAAAAUGUAGAUUUUAUUUCUUACAUAUAUUUUCACACAUUAUAAUGGUAUUGAUUUUGUCUCAUACAUCAGCGACAAUCAUUUUUCGUUUAACAUUUUAUGUUAUAUGCUUUAAACUUUGUACUUUUAUAAGUUUUGAUGGUCUUUUAUUUUUGUUAACAUUAAUAAUAUGUUGCUUUAUAAAAAGAUUCAAACAUAAGUCACUUUAUAUGACAAUGACAGCAUAAUGGUUGGAAUCUUUAUAUAGUUGAAGAUACAUUUUCUAGACACGUUUGUAAAGAUGUUUCUUGCAAAACUAUUCCAUAACUUACAUGAGGUGUAGAUAAUUUGGUUUAUCAUUGUACAAUAUGUUUAGUAAUAAAACAAUUAUGUAUAAACAUGGCAUGAUAAAACAGUGUCUUCAUUGUUGUGCAAUUAUAUUGAGAAAUAUUUUGACUGUUAACGUUAUUAUAUCUAGAAAUAAAAUCAAUAACUAAU